AUGCGUGAAGGCGUGCUUUGGGUGAGUAUAGGGGCCCCGAAAGUGAAGGUCACACAAGUGCCUACCAACGCAGAGGGGAAAAAGCACACAGGCAACCAUGUUAAUCAGGAGGAUAAUGCAAAAUGGGAAAAAACAAACGCGUUAAGUUUGAAAGGGUGGGGAAAUGUCUGUGUACGGGUUUUCCUCCUGUUGUGUCUUUUUGUUAAGGUCCACCCCCAUGAUAUGAAACACCGCAGAAUGCUAUGCAUAGUUAAUCAUCCAUGGUGGAAAGAUUUUAUCAUAAGCACCAAGGAGCUCGAAGAAGGUGUCCAAAAGUUGACGCACGAAGUAGGAUAUAACGACAUUUCGGAAGAAGAUGGGGAAGCUAUUGUUUCCACGGAGCUAAUCAACAGGAACAUUGCAGCGUUUCUAAGGAUCAAUAAAAAAGCCAUCCGAAAAUGGUACAAACAAUGCCUCAGUGCGAAGAUUAGAUAUUGGCAAGUUAAAAUGAACUUUUGGAGACGGUUCAAAAUGUAUACCUGGUUGGAAUUAUUUCUUGGAGAAAAAACCAGAGGAGUAGAUGAGAUCUGGAAAAAUAAAAUGUGGAUAAUUUGGUUCACGUACAUUCAUAGGAUAAUGUGGAUUGAGGACGUUGCAGAUACAAGUCAAUUUAAGAGAAGAAUAAAAAAGUGUUACUCCUACAUCUAUAUCCGUGAUAGAUACGCCAAGAAGAAGAGGCACUUUAGGGAAGUGAAGCAGAAGAAGAUUGAGAAUGCAUGGAACAACUUUCUAGAUUCUUAUGUGGACAAGUGGGAGAAGGAGAAAAAGACCAUGGCGAUGAGCAAGUGCACCGCGAGGAAGAAGCAACCCGUGUGGAAGCAACCCAUGCGGACGCAACCCGUGAGGAAUAGGGCGAAGGUCGUUUUCGCUUCGUCGUUCAUCCCGCCGGGGCCACAGCGCUUAGAGGACCAUGACGAUUGCCGUAUCGGCAGUCGAAGUAACAAUGAUGGGAGAAUUGGUGGAAGCAUUGGUAGUAGCCAAUUUUUGAAUAGACUGAACGGGAACACGAAGACCAGAUGGAAGGAAAGCCUACCAAUCAAAUCGGGGGCCGGAACAACGGGGUCAACAAAAUCUAUGCCCACCAAAACGGGGGUAGCUAAAAAAGGAAUUGAUAAAAACGGGACUGCCAAAACAGGAGUGGACGGGACCACCGCCACACCAAAGCAGCGCAAGGUAAAUGAACGAAAAUUCCCUCCCUCACCACCAUCUGCUAUGCGCUGCGGCAAAUGGACAAACUUGCCGUCCUUGCAACUUUAUCUAAGCGGAACCGACGUAAAACACCUCUAG